GGUUGCUAGGCACCCGCACAACCGCCGCCGGACGACCCGAAGAGGCGGCGCCCGUCCCGAGGGAGGGAGCGACCCGGCGAGACCGUUGUUUCAGCAAAAUAUCUGGUGGAGUUCCUGGAGCCAUGGCUAGCGCUGACAUCAAACCAAAAUCUAUAAGUCGUGCCAAAAAAUGGUCAGAUGAGAUAGAGAAUCUAUACAGAUUUCAGCAAGCUGGAUACAGGGAUGAAAUUGAAUAUAAACAAGUGAAGCAAGUUGAUAUGGUGGAUCGUUGGCCAGAAACAGGAUUUGUGAAGAAACUUCAGAGAAGGGACAAUACUUUCUAUUAUUACAACAAGCAAAGAGAAUGUGAAGACAAAGAAGUCCAUAAAGUGAAAGUUUAUGCAUAUUAAUUUUGUUAAUCCCAACUACACUGUUUUGUUUUUGUUUGUUGUAAGUAUGUUGCUUUAAUCUAUCUGAUGUUUAUAAAAUGUAAGGAAUUAAACAAGGUUUCUGAACUAAUUUGUUCUGUUUUUAAAUAUAGCUGAACA